GAGAAACUUAGAGCCCGAUGCGUGUGCUGACAGUCCGUCGCUAGCAAUGCAUUACCUGGCCCGGAACUUAACUCUUAGCGCGCGCAACAGGUUUGCUGAAGCAGUUUUUAGCGUACCCUGCCACUCUCGAGCGCUUCCGUUACUCACGCUGCCAUAAACUAGCUUAACAAAUGGCCGCACCCUAUGCGGACCUUGAAAGUGGCCACUCGUUCCUGCCGUUAGCGGUUCGCUGCCGAGGCAGCACAGGUACCAUCGACAUCACACCGCAAGGAGACUUUGUCUUCAAACCUCAUCCGCGGCCUCGUGGCGUCCUUCCAUGGCUAUCUGGGCUUCUCCAUCCCCAUACGGCGCAGCACAUCCCGGCUGCCCAGCUGCUGGGCGCCCGGCGGGAGGGGCCCGGCGCCUUCACCGUGUGGUACGCGCAGGAGGCCUGCAGCCGCAGCGGCUGCGUGGAGAAGAAGCGCUACCGGGCGUGCAGCACGCCAUGCUUCGAAACCAAGGAGCCCUCAGCCGUCACCGCCCUCAUCGACCUCGUCCGCAGCAUCACCCCCACCUUCACCUCCUCCUCCACCUCCUCCUCUGCACCCACCACCACCACCAUCACCGCCAGCAGCCCUCCCUGGAGCCCCCGCCGCCGCCCCCACAUCGCCGCCAUCGUCAAC